UGCCAAGCAUAACAGAACGAAAAGACAGGAUAGGAAAAACAUUCACGUUUACAUCGCAAACUCAAGAAAGUGCAGAUAGUUUUUGUUGAAUUUUAUUGAGUCUAAAUUCAUUUUUUUUUGCAUCGGUGAAAUUUAACACAAUCAACGGCAGGAUAGCCGAAAUAACGUCAUAACCCCAUCAGCAAUGGUGAAUGUUAUGAAAGGUGUCCUCGUUGAAUGUGAUCCGGCUAUGAAACAAUUCUUGCUGCAUCUAGACGAAACCCAGUCGCUUGGCCGAAAAUUUAUCAUUCAAGAUUUGGACGAAAGACAUCUUUUCAUCUCAACGGAUAUCAUCGAAACGCUACAGGCCCGGGUUGAUGACUUGAUGGAUCGGAUCAGCGUUUCUCUGCACGAAAAGGAAGCCUAA